AUGAAUACUAGUGAAUUGAAUCCCAACUUCGCAAACCGACGUCUGCAAGCUGUUGGCGGAGGCACCGGCCUUCAUACACUCAAAGCUGUGGCCGAGUUUGAUGACACCUUUCCACCUUUGAAGUUGGCUGUCGUCGAGGCCUUGGGUAUCAUUGAGAUCGUCAUGAAAUUCAACUCCAACAAGAGAGCCUGGACCGCUUGUUCGAAUAAUCUUAUGGGGAAGGUUGAGGAGAUCAUUUGGUAUACCUGUCAAUUUCGCCAGGAUCAGGUUCCAUCUGCUUUGCAGUCUUGGCUUGAGGAUUUAAAAGGAACCUUGGACCAUCUAAAAGAAAGUGUUUCAGAUAUUCACCAGCAGAGUUUGAGGAAAUUUCCCAGCUAUACACAAGAUACAGAAUAUAUUGAGAAGUUUGAGGGAAAGGUGAAUGAAAUCAUAAGCUCUUUUCAUGUCUUUCUUUGGUACGAGGACAACUUCCGAACUGAUGGCACAGAGACUGCUGAGCAGCUGAGGACCACAGAGGCCAAUCAAGAUGGUACUAUUGCAGCUCAAGUAACUGUCUUUGCUGGGGCACGAGACAUUCAGAUGGAGCAAUCUGUAAUUAUUGCUGCAAAUACUGUCAACUACAAUGGUAAUGAGGAACUCCAGUGUAAAAUCAAAACAAGGGUAGAGGAAUCAAAGAGAAGUGAAUGGUUGAAAGAAUUGAAGGCUCCUUCACAUAAACAAGGAGAGAGGUGCAUGCCUGGAACUCGUGUGAAUGUGCUUGGAGAUAUUCAAGUGUGGCUUCAUGAUCUGAACAUGCCAAAUAUUCUCUGGGUUUCUGGAAGUCCUGGUUCUGGAAAGACAACAAUUGCAUCAACUGUUGUUGCUGACUCUGAUUAUUUCUCUGGGCAAUUCUUCUUUCAUCGUGAUCAGGCUGAGCUUUGUGAUCCAAACAAUCUAUGGAGACAUCUUGCUUUAGAUCUUGCACUUGGAAAUGAUACUCUAGGGAAAUCUAUAGCUCAGGCAUUAGAGACACAGAAAGCUAACCUCAGAGGUUUUGAUAUUUCUGGGCAAUUUGAGCAUCUCAUCAUCAAACCAAUUCAGGAGGUCUUUCAGAAAAUCACAGCACCUCUUCUAAUUGUUAUUGAUGCACUUGAUGAAUGUGAUCAGUAUGAAAAACUUUUACCUUCAUUAGAAUCCUGGUCAUGGCAGCUUCCCAAGUUUCUGAAACUUUUCAUCACAAGUCGUCGUUAUUCUGAUAUUCAGAGUGCACUGAAUUCUGUCAGUUACCAUAUUGAUCUUCACACUGGAGAUAAAGUUUCUGAUCAGACCUCUAAAGAUCUUGAGCUUUACUUUACUACAAGGUUCUCUGAAAUGACUAGAUUGCAAACAUUAUCACUACAUUUGAACUGGCCUGGUCCAGCUAAAAUUUCUUUUCUUAUAAGAAGGGCGGCAGGCCUCUUUAUUUGGGCUAAAUCUGCAAUGGACUUUAUCUUGUACAAAGGUGGUGACACUGAAGAAAGGCUGAAUGUCAUUUGCUGUGACUCUGGUGAAGGCAUUGAUGCCAUUGAUGCCUUGUACCAGCACAUUGUCUUUGUUGCUUUUGAGGAAUUAAGAGAAGCAGAAAGAGAAGCUUUAUCAUCUGUUUUAGGAGCAAUUGUUAUUGCAAAGGAUCCACUUCGUGCCAGUGAUCUUGAACAACUUUUGAGAGUUCGAAAUGCAUUGUCAAUAAUUAGCCAACUGAGCCCAGUACUGUUAAUCAGUGAUGCUGGCCAUUUGCAUAUUUGCCAUAAGUCAUUCACAGAUUUCAUGCUUGACCCAAAGCGCUCUAAGACCUUUUGGGUUGAUUCCAAAAAGCACAGUCUCUGUCUUGCUGAGUCAUGCAUGAAUUUCAUGAGUGCAAAGCUCAAGUUCAACUUUUUUGAUCUGAAAACAUCACAUGUUGAUAAUAGAGAAAUUCCAAAAUUGAAAGAUCAUAUUGAGAAUGUAAAAUCUACUGCUUUAAAUCAUGCAAGCCUAUUCUGGGCAAGUUAUCUCCAAAAGUGUUCUGAUAAGAUUUUAGUAGAGGGGGUAAUAAAUGAAAUGGAGAAAUUUAUGAUGAACCAUCUUUUGCAUUGGCUAGAAGUCAUGAGCAUAAUGGAAAAUGUUAACCAUGCUGCUCAAAUACUAUUGUUAGUUGCAAACUGGAGCAGAGAUGUGAAACCAAGUAUAUCAGAGUUUGCAAAUGAUGCACACCAAUUUAUAAUGACAUUCUUUCAGCCAAUAUCUGAGGCAGCACCACACAUAUACAUAUCAGCACUGCCAUUUGCACCACCCAAUUCUCAAAUAUCUAUGCACUUUAUGAAAGACUUUGCAAACACUUUGAGAGUUCAGAAUGGUGAGAGGAGUAAUUGGCCUGACAGGUGUCUUCUGAGAAUAGACAGUAUUACUGAGGCAGUUGCAUAUUCACCUGAUGGCAGGUGCAUUGCCUCUGGACAUUAUGAUAAUACUGUUCGAGUCUGGGAUGCUCUGUCAGGUCAUAGUGUCAUGGACCCUCUCAAAGGCCAUGAUCGUUGUAUCAAUUCAGUUGCAUUUUCUCCUAAUGGCAGGCACAUUGUCUCUGGAUCUAACGACAAGACAAUCAGAGUUUGGGAUGCUCAGACAGGUCAGAUUGUCAUGGAUCCUCUUGAAGGCCAUAAUGAUGAUGUUACAUCAGUUGCAUUUUCUCCUGAUGGGAGGCACAUUGUCUCUGGAUCUAAUGACAAGACUAUCAGAGUCUGGGACUCUCAGACAGGUCAGGAUGUCAUAAAUCCUCUUAAAGGGCAUGAUGAAGAAGUUACUUCAGUUGCAUUUUCUCCUGAUGGCAGGCAAAUUGUCUCUGGAUCUAGUGACAAGACAAUCAGAUUGUGGGAUGUUCAGACAGGUCAGAAUGUCAUAGAUCCUCUUGAAGGCCAUAAUAGCAAUGUUACAUCAGUUGCAUUUUCUCCUGAUGGGAGGCACAUUGUCUCUGGAUCUUAUGACAUGUCAGUUAGAGUCUGGAAUGCUCUAUCUGGUCAGAGCAUAAUGAUUCUCCUUAGAGGCUCUCAGAUUAUUGAAUCAGUAGCAUUUUCUCCAGAUGGAAAUGACAUUAUCUGUGCAACUGAUUGCUUCAUAAUCAGAUUUUGGGAUGCUCUGAAAAGUCAGAGUAUGUUGAGUAUUCUUGAAGAGAAUUGUGAGGGAAUUUCAACAGUGGCUUUUUCUCCUGAUGGCAAGUACAUUCUUUCUGCAUCUGAUUUUGGGAUCAGAGUUUGGGAUGCAGCAACAAGUCACACUGAGGUAGAUUAUCUAAGAGGCCAUUAUGAUGGAAUAAAAUCAGUUGCAUUUUCUCCUAAUUGCAAACACAUUGUCUCUGGGUCCAAUGAUGCAACACUUAGAGUUUGGGAUACCCUGACAGGUUUAAGUAUUGUAGGUCCACUAAAAGGUCAUGAUGACAUGGUUCAAUCUGUUGCAUUCUCUCCUGAUGGCAGUUACAUUGCCUCUGGAUCUGCUGAUUGCACAGUCAGAAUCUGGGAUGCUCUGACAGGGCAGAGUCUGUUGGAACCUCCCAUUCUCCAUAGUGAUCAAGUCUCUUCAGUUGCAGUUUCUCCUGAUGGUAGACAUAUAGCUUCUGGGUCUCACAACAGGACAGUUACAGUCUGGGAUGUGUGCACAGGGCAUAGUAUGUUGGAUCCUUUCAUAGGUCACAAUGGUUGCAUCAGUUCUGUUGCAUAUUCUCCAGAUGGUAGAUACAUUAUCUCUGGGUCUGGAGACAAAACAAUCAGAAUUUGGGAUGCUCGGACAGGCCAAAGUCUUAUGAAUCCUCUCAUAGGUCAUGAGUAUCAUGUUCUGUCUGUUGCCUUUUCUCCUGAUGGACAGUACAUUGCAUCUGGAUCUCUUGAUAGAACUGUGAGAUUGUGGGAUUUUCAGACAGGUCAAAGUGUGAUGGAUCCUCUUAAAGAUCGUGAUACUGUUUGUUCAGUUGCAUUCUCUCCUGAUGGGAGGUACAUUGUUUCUGGUUCUUAUGGCCACAGUGUCAGACUCUGGGAUGCUCUAACUGGUAAUGCUGUGGUAGAAUUAGGAGGCCAUUACCGCAGUGUUGAAUCAGUUGUGUUUUCACCUGAUGGUAGGCAUAUUGCUUCUGGAUCUGCAGACAAAACCAUCAGACUCUGGGAUGCUCAGAUAGGUUGGACAGGCUUAAAUCCUUCAGCUUCUUCAGUUGCAUUGCCAUCCACACUCUUGCUAUCUGAAGCUGGAAAUAAUAUUGACACUGAUAUAGAUGACAGUAUAUCCCAUGUUUUCAAGGGUAAACCUGAUAUUUUCUAUCCAAUUGGAGGGACUUCUAAUUGGAUCAUGGGGGAUUGGGAGGAAGAUGACUGUAUGGAGGGCUGGGAGGAAGAUGUCUGUGAUGUCCCAAUCCUUGGCAUACCAUACCUCUUCUGGGUGCCAUCAAGCAUUAAACGGGGCUUAUUCUUUCCAAGAAUGAUCAAUGUACUCAACAGCAGUCCAACAAUACUUGACUUUAGUAACUUUGUUCAUGGUAAAAACUGGAGCAAAUGUUUCUCACCAGCUUCAUAA